GUCAGCUAUUAUAGUGUGGCCACAAACAAUUAUUGGCUAAUUAAUUUCGUAACGUAGCUAUUACCCAUCUCUCCUACCACAAUUUCCGGUAACGUUGGAAAGGCACCCCUGGUAUAGAUUGUCCAGCGCCGUUCCAAGAAAGAUGGCUCAUUAUUAGCGGAAGGAUGGAAGGCUAUUUGAAGCUCACCCGAGGCUAGACCACUGACACUUGAGACUGGCACUGCAGAGAUGUCGCUGAAUCACGCCCUAAAACUGAUCCUAACAGUCACUGGUGUGCUACUAGCCUCGGACCUCUGCGGUGGUCUAAAAAUCGGCGCCUUCAACGUUCAGAUUCUAGGGCAAACCAAGAUCGCAAAAACCGAAGUCGUUGACGUUCUCGUGGAAAUUGUAGGGCGCUACGAUGUGAUAUUGGUGCAGGAAAUAAGAGAUAGUGUUGGCGAAACUGUAGUUCCGACACUGUUAGCCGCAGUGAACAGUGAACUUGAUGCACUAGGAAAUGCUUACCGAAACACUACUCAAGCUUUUGGUGGCAGCAGCGGAUUUGUACUUGGAGAUCUGAAUGCAGAUUGCAGGUAUUUGAGUGGAUGCUCCUUCCAAGAUCUUGAAAUAGUACAGCGUCCCUUUGCGUCGUGGUUAAUAGAUUUCUCAGAGGACACCACCACAACUCCCAGCUACUGUGCCUAUGACCGGAUCAUUGCACUGGGAGACACAAGGGACCAUGUCGUUCCAUGCUCAGCGCAGGUAUACAGAUUCGACAGAAACCUUUCCCUCUCCCAAGACCUAGUGGAAGAUGUUAGCGAUCACUACCCAGUUGAAGUAGAGACCAAUAACAAAGCCAGAUGCAUGAAGACCAUCAUCAUAAUAGUUGUCCUAUCGACACACCACCAGGCUCACUCCAGAGGCCCACACACUCUGAAGAUAACCAUAGACAAUGAAUGCAGAACACACACGUUUGAACACAAAACAAAAUUGCCAAACAAGUUGGAAUUUUGUAUUCGGGAGCAUUUUGGAUUCACUGACUGUCUAAAACCCUGUGACAUUCAGAGCAUUUCCAUAAUUCCAGCCUCAACUGAUGCGUGGAGUCUAACAUCGAUUGUAACACUUGCAAGAGACACCUUUGGUGAAGUUACACUGCUCUCUCAAGACAUUGACAUUGAUUUUGCCGUGGAUGAAGAUAACAGCGGAAAUGACGCAACUCUUCAUCUGACUCUUGCAAAAAGUUGUUGUCCUUGUAACACAUUCUAGUGUAAGGCGCCAUUGUGCUGUGCCGUUAUCAAUGUGCAUGUCUCGUGAACGCAUCACUUGCCGUGUCCAUCCACACACAUGCUAAGAUAGCAUCCCCAUGACAUUUAUGUUUGGGA